AUGCCUCGUAUCGACUACAAUCACUACGAACUCUGGCUCGCCCAGUGCAAAGUAGAGUCCCCCCACAAACCCUGUCACUGGAUACUGCUAAUGGUCCACCCCAACGACACCCAUUGUAUCUGGUACCACUGCGUCAAUGAGACCGGCGAAGCAGGAGACUACGAGACGCUUAUCGAACCAAACCAACGCUUCAACAGCUGGAGCUUUGACGAGAAAUUCUACCUUGGUAUGUUCCCCACUGAAUUGGACGUUGCAGUUAGUCAGGAGGCGAAUAAGGUUCUGCAGCAGAAUUGUCAGUAG